GGAGCACAGUCAGCCCUACAGUCAGCCCGCCUAGUCAGAAACGAUUCCAACACAACAGCAUGAUUUACUCCACCAACAUGACCACAUGACAAAGGGGACGGCAUCGCUGCGCGGCGUGGUCCUCCCAUCCAUUUCGUUCGACUCGCCGCCCGGAGCAGCAUACAGGAGGCCACCCAGGACGAAAGGAGCCUUAGCUACGACCAAUCCCUGUGCUGCGCUGCACAAUGUCGUGUCUGAUCGUCCUCCAAAGCGUAGAUGGUUCCGAGGCGUCGUGGAAAGCGUCGUGGACGGUGCCGCCCGUGACGAAUGCCGACCAGUCCUUCCAGUCCGCCGACGUGCUAUUCCUGCGGUUAUCAGCUCCGGCCAAUUUCACAUCAACAGAGCGCCCUUUGCGCUGUUACAUAGAGGAUGCCAAUCGUGGCCGACGGGAACUCCAAGCGACUACACUGGGCCAUCCCUGCGCCCUCGAUUUUCUGGUCGAUACUCUGAAUGCCACGACUCGAUCGACCAGCUCGACUGAAUCGAACGCUGGCCAGACAGCGAUCAAAUUGGUCGCUCCGGCUCAUGCAGGCAAUAUUGGCCGAGCGGACAUCGUCCGUCAGCGGAUGCAGGACAUUGAUUAUGUCGAAGCCGUGGCCACUUUGGCCCAGCCCCUCCAGCAGUAUGAUGGGCGACCGUUUCCCGACACUGAUGAUCUGGUCACUCUGAUAAAGCACUCUGCCGGAGCCAUACGCCUGCGCGUCAACGCCCUUUCUUCUUCUGGCUGGUUAUUGGACACCCUUUCCGUCCUCGAAAGCGAACUGACCAAUCGAUUGCCAACCCUUUUGACUGUCCCUGGCCUCCGCAGACGCACUUUAGCAUUCUUAGAAGGUAGCGGGUUUCUUCCAGACACGGGUGGUUGCGCAAGACAAUUCUACACUGCCGCGAUUUCGUUGGGCGUUGACGUCAUUGUGCUUGGUGUCGAGGGUCAUUGGCUACAAGGUCCGGAGUAUAGCCACUGGCGGAAGGCUUUCAUUCCCAUCGAAUUUGGCCAUGACGCAGCCUUCCCAUCAAGAAUUGUCGCGGCUGUCAAGAGAUCGGGUGAGCCAGUUGAGGCUCUGCUCACCACCUUUGAUAGUUACCAUGCUGCCGUGAGCGAGGCUGCUGCCGAAUUGGGCCUUCCCCACGAGCCUACCGCUGCCUACCAAGUUGCCACGGACAAGUACCAGCUGAGUGCCAUCGAGGGUCGGAAGUGCUUCCUUGCUACUGGAAUCGAGGAUCUGAUUCAGACUGCACUGACCAAGGAUGUCACGUGGCCUGCGAUCGUGAAACCCUGUCGCGGUUGGGGUUCUGAACUGGUCUUUCGUGCCGACAAUGCGACGCAACUUGUGACGUGGGCCAGAACAAUCAAUCUUGCCACGAGUCACGGAACACAGUUUGUAAUUGAACCGUACUGUGAUGGCCCAGAGGUGGACAUCAACUUCGUCCUUUACAAUGGUGAACUUCUCUUUUGGGAGAUUGGAGACGAGAAUCCAAAAAGUGCAGAGGAUGGGUCCGAUUCAUUCCACGAACUCGACUGUGUCUCACCUUCAGCACUACCCCAGACAGAGCAGCAUAUCUUGCGCGACUCGAUCGUGAAGACUUUGCUGGGGCUGGGCUUUGAAAACGGUAUAUACCAUUGCGAAGCUCGAGUAGCCGACUCCACGCAAGAAUGGCACAACAACGAAUCUGGCGCACCCGUGCUGCUACCUCGCUGCGAGCCGGCCACAAAGCCACCCUCCUGCUUUCUCAUGGACUGUAAUAUCCGGCCGCCAGGUCUGAACUCGAGUGAUGUGGUCGAGACCACCUGGGGUGUAGAUUAUUGGGCUUUGCUGAUUGCCAUACCACUGCGCGAGGAGCAGCGAGUUCGGACUUUGUCGCAGCCAUAUCGUAACGGCCCACAGUACUUUGCGGACAUGAUCUUUGUCUCCGCCGAGUUUGAUGCCUCCAAAAAAGGCAUUUGGCAAUCUGGAAACAUAACAGAGGAACUGAAAGAGCGACGUCCAGAUCUGGCGAAGUACAUUUCAAAGGCCUUGACUUACAUGAAGAAGGGUGAUAAAAUUCCCCAUCACUCUACAGGCACAAACACCUUUGUGGCAUACUUGAACAUCUUCUCUCGCGAGAGCCGAGGGCAUGUUUUGGAUAUUGCGACCCAAGUAAGGAAAGAGAUCACCGAAAGCAUUGAGAUUUCCUAGACCUUAAAGCGUGUACAGCUCUUGUUAAGGGAGCAUUCCGCCAAUCUAGACCUUCGCCAAUAGAAAAUGUGUACCAUACUUUCGCACCUAUAGUAUCCCCAAACGGAGCACCUUCACCGUCUGUAGUACCCCAUCAAUCAGAGUCAGUCGAGAGCUUUUAGAGCUUCACCCAUAAAGACCCCUCAUGUGAGACCAGCAGCCAGUCACAGAUUUAGAUGUUGUUGAUCAGGAGGUGGCUCAACUUCGAAUCCUGCGCGUCAGCGCCCACCACGAAUUGCUCCGAAGUGUUGCACUCCCGAGGUCAUCUUUACAAUAAUUUCAAUGUACCAGCAGCUGAACAAUGUAUAUCACAGUUUCCAGCCCAAUUAAUUUGGCAGUCGUUGCGCUAUCAGCGAGAAGGCUCGGUCAAGCUUGGUAUGGUGGGCGGAUGA